GUGACGUCACAUCCGGGGCCAUUUUUGCGCAUGGUUCUUAUUAAGUCACUCUACCAUGGCAUCUAAAAGACAGCAGGGCGAAUAUAAGAAAUCAAACAAGAGGAAAAGGAAAACAAAUAACUGCGAAGAAUCAGCAGAACUUUGUAGUGUCGUUAGAGACGAGAACGUGAAGAGGGCGGUGAAGGAUGCGUGGAGCCAGAAGUCUCACUACACUCAUGGUGAUUUGGAAUUGGACUGCCAACCCUUCCCUCACUGUGUCAUCAAAAACUUUAUCCAAAGUGGGAAUUUCUUGGACAAUCUACAAACAGAACUUCUCACGCUCAACUUUCACUCAAAGUCCAACGAUCUCUACAAAUUUAAACAGUCCGAUGACUUAAGAAAGCGAACUGAGCCACACAUAGCAGGCCUGAGAUCAGCACUGUUCAGCCAAUUCCGACUAUGGCUUGAGGAGGUUUUGGGUGUGAAAUUGGAGCCCACUGUUGAUAUUUCAUGUGCCAAAUAUCAAUACACAGAUAUUCUUUUGUGUCAUGAUGAUGAACUGGAGGGAAGACGUGUUGCCUUCAUUCUGUACCUUGUCCCUCCAUGGCUGAGUAGUGAUGGGGGUUCUCUCGAUCUCUACACAACGGAUGCUCAUUUCCAACCACAAAGUAUCGUGAAGUCUCUGGUGCCUUCAUGGAAUACGCUCGUACUUUUUGAAGUGUCUCCGAUCUCCUUCCACCAAGUAUCGGAGGUGUUGUCACAGGACAAGUGUCGUCUUUCUCUAAGCGGAUGGUUUCACGGACCGUCUCUGGAGCGUCCUCCCCGUCACAUAGAGGCUCUCGUCUCGCGGAGCGAACACUUACCCCGAGAUGAGACAUUGUUGCUGGAGUGGAUCAAUCCACUCUACCUGGAUAUUUCCUACCAGGAGCAAAUUCAGGAUGAGUUUGAAGAAAGCUCUGAAAUUCAGCUGAAAGAUUUUCUCAGGGAGGAGAAAUUUCGGCAAGUGUGUGCGGCCUUGCAGUCGGCUGAAAUCCAGUGGACGCGGAAAGGUCCUGCCAAUAAGAGAUGUUACGAAGCAGCCUGUCUGGACACUUUACCCGAGUGUGUGAGCGCUUGUUGGGAGCUGCUUCGUUCAGAAGCCUUUUUCCUGCUUCUCUCCAACUUUACGGGCCUCCGAUUGCACUACCUUUGCCCUGCUGAUGAUGACGAUAAUGAUGAUGGUGAUGAAAAGAAGGACAAAGAGAAGAAGGAAAGCUCCAAAAUGGACAGCAAUGCAACAGGGUCCUCAAAUCAAACAAGCAAAGAGUCAGGUUCACAAAAUUUCUUAAGCUCCUUCCUUUCUUUUUUUUUUUUCUCUCCACUGAUUUUUUAUUUUUUUGUAUUCCUCUACUUAGAGCCGAGUACACCUACGUGUUGUGGUGAACUGCGACGAUGGUCCCACGGCAGCUACACUUUACUGCACGACGCAGAGGCAGCACGAGCGGAAUACGCACUAGACCUCAUCUUACCUUUCAACUGUGCGGGUUGGCAGUCAGAGUUCGGAGGCUCCACUUGUUACAUUGCGAAUGAAGAGGAUGAGGAACUCCUGACCAUCCAUCCCGAAGAUAAUUCUCUCGCUCUGGUCUACAGAGACAAGGAAACACUCAAAUUUGUCAAGCAUGUCAACCACAGAAGCAACAAUGAUUCUUCUACUGGAGCAUUCUAUGACUUCUCUUUUGUGUAUUAUGAAUAAAAUUUUACUUACAGCA